AAGGGAGCGCUUCACUCACUCGGAGGGGCUGCAGAGGAGAAGCCGCUGUAAAGCUCCGAGUUAAAGGGUCCAGAAACGGUGUAGUUUUAAUAGAGAAGAGAUUUAUUUAUAUAUUUUUAUAUCGAGUAACUUAUUCUACCUCAACCUGCAAGUGACUUGUCUGAAAAAGUUCGUUUUAAAGGCUUUUAUCCUCUUCCGGUUUACACUUCUCCGCUGCAGGGUGUUUAAUUUUGAACUUGUGAUAACCAUGACUGACGUUUGUUAAGUGUUCUUCACGCAACAAGAAGAAACUAAUGCACUUCAGCACCUUUUCGGAGGCCUCUGUGAGCGGCUCCAGCAGCUGAUGACCAAAGAGCUCCAUCCUCAGCCACACGCAGGCCCACUCCUCUCCCAGCGUCCUCACCAUGUUCCAGAGGUUCACCAGCAUCCUGUUUGGAGACGACAUGGAGGAGGCCAGUGGGUGUCCUGCAGAUGUGGGCUUUAACGAAAAUGAAGAUGAUGAAGAGUGGAUCCUUGUUGAUUAUCUUGCUGAGGCUUGUUCCGGUGACUGUGGGGACGGGCUGGUGGAGGUGUGCGCGGAGGACGUGGAUGGCCCGAAGCUGCCUCUGCGCUGCUCUUCCUGCUCCUCUCUGGACUCCACAGCAGAUGCAGACCCUGAGGAUGGGGACUUCCUGAGGCUGGAUGCAGCAUGUGAUCUGGAGGAGAGCUGGUUCAUCACACCACCACCCUGCUUCACUGCAGGAGGGAGAGCUCCAGUGCUGCUGGAGACCAGCCCUCUGGAGAACCUGCUGAUCGAGCACCCCAGCAUGUCUGUGUAUGCUGUGCACAACUCUCGUCACCGCCCCGCCAAGGACGGCUCCUGCGAGCCCAACAUCCUCAGGACUGAAGUUCAGCGCAGGCCGAGUCACCCCACUGGCUGCUUUGCAGCCACUCUGGCCGCCACCCGCGCAGGCUUCCUCGAGCAGGCCAAAAAUGGCCGUCUGGCUCAGAAGAUCCGUGAAAACGUAGAGCGCCAGCAGCUGUCCCGCAACGCCCUUCGCCGCCUUAACCUGCUCCGCAUCGGUGGAGCCAAGCAGGCCAAAGCCACCACAGGCCACGUCCACCAGCCUGGACAGAGGCAGUUCAACUACUGAGGCCGCCCCCACUGUGAUCCCGCCAAACACAACCCACCCCGUAGCCCACCUCCACUGGGAAUCAGCCUUUCACUCGGAAUGGAACGGAGUCCUUCAGAAUCAAUAGCAUAGGUCACUUUAUUCCAGUGCAGGUUCCAGCGGUCUACUUGAGCGCAUGUCCAAAUCAGGUGCCGUUCAGCUCUGUGGCUCCUACCCCAGAGCCCGGAGAGCCGGCACUGGGUUUAUUUUAACUGUGUCACAAACUCUGCAGAGGAGAAAGUUUCAAGGUGUUUGUGUGCACUUAACAGCCAUAACCCCAUGUAGAGUGAAUGAGAAGUGAAGAGUGUGUUUUUUCCUUUUAUUUUUUCUGUUUUAUUCCAUUGAACAGGCAGUUUAGCAAUUCUGCAAACCUGCUUCUACUUAUUUUAGAACAUCUUAUGUCUUGUUUUUUUGAAGCCAUCAUACUUUGUCAUUCACAUUAGUGGCUAAAUAAUCAGCAAUCAGCAGCACCUCUCAAGAUAAGAUUGAAGCGGCCAAUGAUGGUAGGCCAUCUCUCUCUUUUUAUCUCUGUCUUUAGACAUAUUGUCACUAUAAGCCUUGUUUUAGUAGUAGAUUUAAAAAUAUGUAAAAUAUAUGAGAAAAAAAAAACUUGUGAAAUAUUUUUAAAAGGAAAAAAUAUAUUACAUAUCAGUAUGAAGUUAUCUGUGUGUUAUCUAUCUGCAGUGUGAGGUAUGUAAGUAAGUAGCCUUGUUUUUCUUACGAUGGUGUGUGUGGGUGUGUGUGCAUUUGUUGUAUGACUGUAGCCACUGUAGCCACUAGUCUUGAAGCAGAUGUUUAAAAAAAAAAACAAAUGAAAAAAGUAGUGGAGUGUUUUAAUGUCUUUAAAUCAUUGUCCGCUCUGAAUCUGCAGUACACUUCUCAGGGUCAUAUCAGUUCACCUGUACUCUUUACUAAAAUGCAGAUUACUUGAUAACUGUUGAUUCUCUUUGUACAUACUGGAAAACCUCUCAAUUUGUCAUGUGUGUACCUUUAUUUGCCUUGUGGAAAUAUUUGUAAUUAAUAAUGAUAAUUUUUAACAAACCUGAAUGAAAUGCUCGCUGUGAAAACAACCUUUUAUUUCCUCAAUUGACUGUUAAGACCUGCAAACAUGGAGUAAAACUGUUAGUUUUGUUUUUCUUUUCUCUCACUAAAAUGACCUUUCCAUGUUUUUUUAAUGCCUUAUGCUUGAUUAGUUACAUAAAAAAGUCAUAUUUGCUGAAGUAAAUAUUUAAAACUCGACGUAGCAGAAAGCUUUGUUAGUGUUUAAUAUGUUGUUAUUUUUUAUGUUCUUUUAUUUGUCUAAAAACAACAAAUCUAUUGUGUGAUGUGGUGAAGUUAUGACUGCCAAGCUAAUAGUCUCUCUCAGAUGAAUCCACAGCACAGGACUGAUGGUUAUGAAGUGUAGACGUUCACACUUUCUUACCUUGUAAACAAGCCUGACUUGUUUUUGGGUGAGCGAAUGAGCCACAUCUCAAGAAAAGCUCUGUUUAUAUGUAGAUGCAAAUUGUUUCUACCCCAAUUGUUUCUACCCCUCUUCUUUUGACUUCUCUGGUUAAAGGGAACUGGGAGAUAUGCAGCAGUGUCUUCAUUUUCCUGAAUGAAUACGUCUGGAAGAGCAGCUUUUUCUUGUCUCUAAUAGCCUUUAAAUUAAACAACAAACACACAGGGAUUUUCGUUUUACCUUGAAACGUCUUGAGGAUCUUGUGCCUUCCAGGUUAACAGCGCGACAAUGCAUCGAUCACGAACUUGAACUCUGUCCAAACUGACUUGGAUGAACACACACGGCUAUGCACAGGAAAGCAAACCUGUCUGUGUGAGCCUCUCACUCUGCACAGCCUUUUACUUACUGAUGUAGCAAAUGUCCAUUUUAUGUUCAUGUGUGAAGAAUGGCUUGUGUGGCAUUCAUUGUUCACUGAGUGGUAGACCAUGCUUUCAUUCAUUUUUAGUUUACUGGAAUAAUGCAGCACUUUGCCAAAGGAGUAGGGUUUUUUGUGUUUUUGUUUUUGUGGAAACAAAUGUUAUGUUUCUCCUUUCUUACACUUUGGACUCAUAUUAAAUGUACACCAACCAAAUGUUUUUUUGUUGUGACAAGCGUUAUUAAUGUCAGUUUCAGUUGUGUUCCCAACACAGAACAGCCACUCGUCAGUAUAAUUUAUGCACAUUUAUUUUCCAAUAAAUGGUUUAAUACCGAUUUAAAAAA